AUGUUGGUUGGCUGCAAGGCCGGUAAUGCCUGCUCGCGCACAUAUUUGGUGCUCAGCGGCCUUGAAUGUGACAGUGCACCAAUCCAAGCCACAUUCGCCCGCCAAUGCAUGCAUGAACCGGUGGCUUCAUCCGACUCGCGGCCUCCAUCCCGCACUCCACCCCCGCUGACCUGGUCCGAUCCGACGCCGGCCAAUAUCAUCAGCGCGGCAAAAAAUAAUCGACAACAUCUCUUCAACACAGCCGCCAUCAUGCAAGCGUCCAACCGUCUCCGUACCGUCUUCGCCGACGGCAAGCAGGCCAUGGGCAUGUGGCAGAUGAUUCCCGGCGCCAACGUGUCGCGCAUCCUCGCGAGCUCCGGCGUGGACUGGAUCAUGGUGGACUGCGAGCACGGCAACAUGGAUGGUAAACAUUGA